AUGUCACCAGAAACACCUCGUUCCUCGUUAUUCAAAUCACGAUUCUCGAUACUAUCACUCUUACCAUCCCGACAUCCACCUUUACAUAUCAAUCAUUAUCCCAUGCCUCGAAAAUAUGAAGUCUCUCGUCAUCCAACAACUAUCAUCUCUGCAUCUGGUAUCUCUCCUGUUCAUUCUGAAUAUCCAGAUCCAUCAACUCCAUUACCUCCACUACCUCUUCCUCCUCGCCACUACGAUAAUUUUCAAGAAGAAGGGAAAAGCAAUGGAAAAGGAAGACAAAGUCCCAAUAAUAAAAGACCCCCUCCGCUAAAUCUUGAAAAAACUAGAAUGAUGUAUCCACCUAAUCAUACUGAUGUGAUUGUCGAUCCCGGUACAGGUAGAUCUGAUGGUGAUUAUCGAGAUAACGAUAGAAGAGAAAUUCCACCUCUACCGAGUCAAGAAAACGUUCCAUCAAUACAUCCGAAAUACAUGUCUAAACCGAAAGUUGUCGAAAGAUCAAGUACUUCGCAAGUAAAGUCAAUCAAAAAGACGACGAUCGAUGAUCCGUUUGAAAUCGCAGAAGUUGAAUCAGGACACAGAUACCCUUCUUGGAAAGGAGGUAAAGUAGAUAUUAGACCAGGUCAAGUCAUUCCUCGUGAUCUUAUCCCUUCAUUUGUUUCCCAGAAUCACAACUCAGCCAACAUUCCAGCUUCAGUCCCUUCGACUAGACGGAAAACAACAGCUGAAGACGAAGACAGCAACGACGACGAUUACUAUGAGUCGGUGUUGCAUAAUGUUCUCUUAACUCCAACUUACUUUGGUCAUUCCCCUUUAUCUAUACGUACACCUACCAUCUCACCUGGUGGAUGUUCCGCUUCGAAAUUCAACAAACGAAGAACACUGCUUGACAAAGCAACUGAUACGGUAUAUGGAGCUGCAAGAGGAGCGAGGAACUCCAGAUGGCUACCUGGUAAAUCAAUCUUGAGACCUUCUGCAGCUUUAGAAGCCGAUCAAAGUUUACGAGCGAUGAAAGAAAGGGAAGAACAAGAAAUGGAAAGAUUCAGAAGAAACGUUAGACCAGUCAGGUUGAACGUUCCUGAUCAUGACGAAGUCAAAGGCAAUAUGAAUUCAACCUGGUCAAUAUCUUCUUCGUCAAGUCCAAUAAGGGAAUCAAAUAAUGUAUACAGUAGAAGAUCUCCUGGAUGGAUAGGAGCAAGAGAACACUCUGUCGGAUCAGGAUAUGAAGGUCAAAAAUCAAAAUCACAAAGUAGUGAUAAUGGUUGGAGACAAUCUAGAGCCGAAGAGGAAAAAUCGAAAAGGAAACAGAAGAUCUGGAAGUACUCAAUCAUACUUGCCAUCUUCAUUCUUUCGGCUCUGAUUAUCGGUCUCUGUACCACCCUGUUGCGAAAAGGUUCGAGCGGCUCUUCGACAUCGUCUUCGUCAAAUUCGACAGAGAUGACUUCCACUUUAUCCACUUCAGCAGCUGUACCUACUGCGACAUCAUACGAAACCUUGACGACUUGUUUAGAUCAAUUCCGAAUUCUAAAAUCACCUUCUACGUAUCCAUGUUCUGACUGUGUCCCUUUGUUAUCCACUACCACGAAUGAUUUCUCGACUCCAUUGGUUGAUGGCAAUUCAACUGGAGUAGGAUCAGCUCUACAAUUCUGCGCAUUGAUGGAUAUAUACAAGAAGACCAGUUUGACAGAAGGUAUGAGCGGGUGGAUGAAAGAUUCAUCUCCAUGUGGAGGAUGGAAUGGAAUUUCAUGUGAUUCAAGAGGAAGGAUCACUGGAUUACUCUUGCAGUACCCUAAUGUACCUCAUGAAUUGCCUGAUACGUUGAGUAACAUAUGGGCAUUGGAAGGUAUACAUAUUAUGGGUAAUUCGACUGUUCCCACUGGUAAAUUCCCUUCGAGUUUACUUUCAUCAACGAAUAUUCAGAUCAUCGAUCUUGAAUAUACAGCUUUACAAGGUCCCAUAGAUGGACUGUCAUUCACAACAGCAAACGCAUUAACGACAUUAGUACUUGUAAACAAUCCAAAUCUAGGUAACGCGUUACCUGAUUUAUCAAAUAACGAUAAAUUGUUAACUCUCGCUGUUACCGGACAAGGAUUAUCAGACGCUAAAGUCGAUAGAUUACCUUCUGGAAUAACAUAUCUUGAUUUAUCAUAUAAUUCAUUAUCGGGUCAAAUUCCAUCAUUCAAUCAACUCAAUUCACUCAAUACGUUAUACCUGCAAAAUAAUAUAUUCACUUCUUCGCCAGACUCAUUACCAACUUCUAUCGUGUCAAUCUCUUUGACUUCGAAUACGGAUUUAAGUGGAUCUAUGCCAAGUCUUUUUUGUUCCAGUAGUAUUUUAGAUAACUGUGAUUUGAGAAACACAAAACUUAUUGGAACCGCCUCAUCAUUGGGGUCUACCAAUACUAUCUCCAGCUCAAAUGCAAACUCCGACACGAUUGCGACUGCAGUCAGUUCAUCCACCUUAAUCCCAACUUCGACUUCCGAUGCCGUCAGUUCGACUGCCGCUCAAGUGUCAAGUGCCACUUCCUCAACUGUUACCAGCGCUACCUCAAGCACCACCGGUACUUCAUCGAUGAUCAGUCUUGUGGGUAGAGAACCUGCGGGUUGUGGUAUAUGUAAAUUCACUUAA